CGCGCACUGCAUGGCUCCGCCACACACACCUCCGCGCGCGCCGUGCACCCGUGCUGCCUCCUCCACGCACCGCUCCAUAACUAUCUCCGCCUCCGCUUGAUUUGCCGUGCUUUCCAACGACCACCAUAUAUACUGUGCUUACGUAUAUGGUAUAGCUUACACCUACUACUACACACACAUAGCUAGCUCACCACCGUUCUGCUCUGCCGGCCCAAUCCCGGGACGACACAGCAAGCCACCGGUCCUUCUUUCGGGGUAUAUAUAUAGCUUGGCAUUGGAGGUGGUGGAGCGUGAUGAAUAACCAGUGCGUGCCGAGCUGGGAUCUGGACGAGACGGUUGGCGCGGGGCUCAACCCGACGUCCACCGGGUCGGCGCAGCGCAUGGCGUCUGGAGACAGCGGUCUGACGGGGCCGGUUGCCAUGCCCAUGCCGGACCAGUACGACGAGGUGGCGGAGCUGACGUGGGAGAAGGGCAACAUCUUCUGGCAGGGGCUGCUCAACCGGUCGGUGCCCAAGUACCCGGCCGCGCCGGCGCCGGCGCAGAUGCACGCCAUCGGCGGCGCGGGAGAUCACCGGGAGACGCUCGAGGCAGUGGUGGGCGAGGCGGCCGCUCGUUUGUCGUCUCAGUCCACGUCGCACCUCGGGCAGCCGUUGCCAACAGCUGCCGCGCCUUGGCUCGGUGUGGGCGCGCCGGCCGACGGGCUCGUGCCGUGCGCAAGGGUUGACGACCCGGCGGAGGGGGACGUGCGGAGGAAGCGGGCACGGGUGGUCGGCGAGGACGGGCGGGUGUGCGCCAGCCAAGGGAGCGUCGCGCCCGGCCGUGGCGAGAGCUCGCUGCUCACUCUGGAGCCCUGCGGCACCGGUGCUGACGACUUGUGCGGGUUCACGACGACCAACAACUCCACGUCGCUGGACCACGGCUCCCCGGAGACGGAGAACACGAGCUUCGGGGGCGGCGCCAGCGACUCCCGCUGCUUCAGCCGUCGGUCGCAGAGAGACGGGCUGUGCGAUGAAGCAGAGAACGUCGUGGUCAAGGGGGAAGCUCCAAUGAGGCCGUCCAUUUCUACGAAGAGGAGCCGGGCUGCUGCCAUCCAUAACGAAUCUGAGCGUAAAAGAAGGGACAGGAUCAACCAGAAGAUGCAAACACUGCAAAAGCUCGUCCCCAACUCAAGCAAGACGGACAAGGCAUCGAUGCUGGACGAGGUGAUCGACCACUUGAAGCAGCUGCAGGCGACGGUGCAGAUGAUGAACCGGAUGAGCAGCAUGAUGAUGCCCAUGGCCAUGCCGCAGCUGGCCCAGAUGUCCGUCAUGGCCAACAUGGCCCAGAUGGCCCAGAUGGCGCAGAUGGGCCUGGGAAUGAUGAACAUGGCGGGGCCACUCGCGCAGCCCGCCUACACCGGCCUCACCCAGCCCAUGAUGCACGCGUCCACCCCUUUCGUCGCCAUACAGCCCUGGAACGCCGGCGCCGGCGCCGACCGGCAGAAGCAGCCCGCCGCUGCCGCCGUGCCGGACGGCUACUCCGCCUUCCUCGCCUGCCAAGCGGCGCAGCAGAACGCGCAGCAGCAAGCUCAACCGAACGGCAUGGAGGCGUACAGCAGGAUGAUGGCCAUGUGCCAGAAGCUAAGCCAACAGCAGACCCAGCCGGGCAGCUCCAAAGAGUGAUCGUACAACGUCGUACAAGCACCUGUACAGCAUUUUCCUUUGGACAUGAAAAUCUGUCGACGCACCACAGCACCCUGCAGCAUCGUGUAUUUUACACAUUAUUGCACAUGAUUUGUCGUAUUAAAAUCAUUCUAGCUUGUACGCAUAUCGUUUUGACAACAUUUUGCUUAGCUUGUACGUAUAAGUCACCGCCAAUCGGUUACCUGAAGAAGAUGUGUUUGUACUACAGUAUCACCCAAUUGCACAUGAUUUGGAAAUUGGACCGGAGAGGUUAACCUCAUCCAGCUUUCGAUA